AUGUGUACACAACUAAAAGAGUCUUACAAGCAUAAAUCAAUACACUUUGAAAAUAUCAGUAAUAAUAACAAUAAUAAUCCAACUGAUAGGAAUAAUGACAAUGAAAGGAUGAGAGAACAACACAGAUGGAAUUUCAAUGAAGUAAUAACCGACAAAGAUUUAAAUAUCAAUGAAAACUGUAGGUUUACAGCAAUGGAAAUGAAAUUGGAUAUAAUAAAACAAGAUAUUUCAGAUAAAAAUACUACUAAUAGUAGUGUUAAUGAAACAAGUUUAUUGAGUGAUUCAAUUCUUCUGUCGGAUAUUAAUAUAUCUGCACCGAAUUCAAGUGAGGAUUCAAGUAAAGAUGCUGACAGAAUGGAUGAUGAUGAACUAUACGAAAUAGAUAGUGAUUCUGAAUCUGGUAAAAAUUCAAAACGUCCACGUACUAUAUUGACAGUCAAUCAGCGUCGAAGAUUUAAAGCGGUUUUCGAAUUUAAUCCUAAGCCAACACGUAAGAUACGUGAAGCUUUGGCAACAGAAACUGGUUUAAACAUUCGUGUUGUGCAAGUUUGGUUUCAAAAUCAACGUGCAAAGAUUAAAAAGCUUGCUCGUCGACAUGCUCAAGAAUCUCGGCAACAAUCAAAUCGAAGAAUGGCAAUUACAAAUCCCUUGAUUACAAAUGAACAGAUGAGUAUGAUUCGACCUCCGAGCACUAUGUUAUUUGAUUUAAGGAAUCCAAAUAUAUCAGACCUACCCUACCUAUUUAAUCCAGUUGGUGGUUUACCGGAAACCAAACCACUUCAAAUUAAUCCGAGAAAUGAAAAUGAUUCCGAUGAUAGUUUAAUAAGCAAAAGAAUAAUGUCUUCCUCUUCUUCCCCAUUCAUCCAUAUGAUGCAACCAAGUCGAGCUGAUGAUGAGUAUACAGCUAAUCUUCAGUGUAACUCAUCAAUCAACACGACUUCAGAACACUCUUCUUUAACAAUGUCUACACUAAGUAACUUCACAAAUCCAGUUUGUACAAAUUCAAAGCCAAAUUUAUUUGGGUUAGAUGGAAAAUUUACACCAGUCACAUCAUCUAAUAUUGUCAUUGGCAACAACAGUACUACAGACUGUCCGUCAAUCUUUGAUGCAUCAAUCGACAAACUUUAUUCUAUGCAACAAUCAUAUUUUAUGUGAUGUUAUGUAGGACAUCAUUUCUUUUAUCUUCGUGGAGAAACAUACCUUCCUGGAGAUAUUUCCUUGAAGAACACUUCUGUACAGCAAUAAAAAUAGUUUAUGUCAAAGACAUGGGUAACAAUCCAGUGUUUACUUUCAUAAUAUCCCAAAACGGGCAUACAUAUAUAAGUGUGGAAUUAUAUUAAGAAGAUUUUCCACUAUUUUCUCAGAGCUGAAAGUUUUCUUUCGCUAAGCUUUUUCUGACCUAUGUCAAAACCC